AAUAAUACAUACUUAUAGUAUUAUCAUUAAAAAAGAAAACAGUAUAUAGUAUUUAUAUUUACUAGUAGCAAAGGUAGCUACAACUUCAGUAGUGAGUGAGCAAUGAUGAAAAAGGAAUCAAAAAAGCUACGAUCAAGAAGAAAAGGAGGACCAGAGAAUGCAUUAUGCAAUUACAAAGGAGUUAGGCAAAGGACUUGGGGAAAAUGGGUUGCUGAAAUAAGAGAACCCAAACGUGGCACUAGGCUUUGGCUAGGAACAUUCAACACCUCUAUUGAAGCAGCACUUGCCUAUGACAAUGCUUCAAAAAGGUUAUAUGGCGAAUCUGCUAGGCUCAAUUUGGCACCAUCACAAUCCUCUACAACAACAAGUAUAGGGAUUGAUCCUACACAAUCUACAGCUCCUAAAUGCAUUGAAGAAAAUUCUAAUAAUAAUAAUAAUAAUAAGGGUGUGUUAGUGGAGACUAAUUUGGACCUUGAGUUACAAAGUCUUCCAUGGAAUACUAGUGACUUUGUCAUGGAUGAUUUUAUGGAACUUAAUGAUACAUUACUGGCUCAAGGGCUUAAGGAUUGGGAUCCAUCAUCGUUACUAGAGAUUUAAUCCAUCCUUUCGCACAAUAAUUUCAAUGUUUAAAUUAGAGUUUUGAAAAUUGGCUGCUACUCACACCUUUGAUGUAUUAUAUAAAUGCAUGUGUUACUUAUUAUUAUUUACUAUAUUUUA